AUGAGCAGAGCAAAACAUUCAAACUACAUCCCCACUGAUCUCUAUUUCGAGAUAUUCUCAAGGUUGCCUUCAAAGUCCAUAGCUAGGUCUCGCUGCGUGUCGAAGCUAUGGGAGUCCAUGCUUAGCUCUCCAUCUUUCACCGAACUGUUCUUGACAAGAUCAUCGACUCGUCCACGUCUCUUAUUCGCCAUCAAACGAUCACGUGAGUGGCGCUUCUUCUCGUCGCCUCAGUAUCCUUAUGAUAAUGAGAAGUCUUCUCUUCAAGUAGCCGCAACAGAUUAUAAUGUGAAGCUCUCUGGCAGGUCCUUGUACAAAAGCACGUGUAUGUGUAGCUUUACCUCUGGUUUGUUAUGUUUUCCUAAUGUGCCGAUCUUAGGAGGUAGGUAUACUGAGUGUGUUAUAUGUAACCCUACCACAAGACAACAUGUGAUUUUACCAAUACUGAAAACGGGAAUGAAGUCGAAAUUGUUUCUAGGGUUUGAUCCUAUUGGUAAGAGAUACAAGGUUUUGCUUUUGGUUGAGGACUGGGGAAGUCAUAGUACCAACUCAUAUAGUGAUUAUUCUGAAACGGUUCAUUAUAUUAUGACAUUAGGGACUCGAAAAAUGAGUUGGAGGAAGAUACCAUAUCACUCAGAGGUAGUCCUUUAUCCUUUGAAUAAAGGGAUAUGCAUCAAUGGGGUUUUGUAUUACUCAGGUAGACAACAUGAAACAAUGACUUUUGUUAUAGUUUGCUUUGAUGUUAGGUCUGAGACAUUCAAGUUUGUUGAUGCAAGUUGCUUUAAUAAGCGACCUGAUAUUACAUUGGUAAACUAUAAAGGUAAACUAGGUGUCAUUUAUUGGAUGUCUGAUGACUUGUGUGUGUGGAUUCUAGAGGAUGUCGAAAAACCUGAAUGGUCCAAGUUUGUUUAUUCAUUUGCGGGUCGUCUCGACUCGAAGUUUUGUUACGUCAUUGGAAUGACUAGUAGAGGUGAAAUUGUAUGUUCGGGUGAAGAUAAAUUUGAUGAACCAGUCAGAUUUUUAUACUUCGAUCCUGAAAGGGACACUGUUAAGAUUGUCCAUAUCCAAGGUUUGAAGUAUCGUAGUAUGGUUUACACUUUUGUAGACCACGUGGAGGAUCUUAAUGUUAACGAUGUAAAGCCAAUCACGUCAAGAAUGCAAUGGCUGGACAUCAUUAGUGAAAAGGCCAUUUAA